AUGCCACAGCUCACAGAGCCGGCGAAUUUGCCUCUGCCGCCAUUCAACGGAACCGGUGCCGUUUUCGUUAACAGCACCAUCCGCCAAACCCUUUACAUGACCGUGAAGGCGCAUCAAAUCCGCCUGAAAUUCUCAAACGUCUUUGGUGGAUCCAGCCUCCCCAUUACCGCUGUCACGGUCGCCUUGCCCUCGAACCAGACAGCGGGUAUCCACCAUAUCCUACCCAAGACUGUCCGAAAAGUUACCUUUGGUGGUAAAGAUGGUAUCAGCGUGCCCAAUGGUGCCUUGGCCGUGUCAGACCCUAUCAACUUUGAGAUAUAUCCCGGGCAGAUAAUUACUGUAACAAUGUACCUUGCCAACGGUCAGAAGACCAAUAGCAUCACCAGCCACCCGGGCUCGCGAACAACAAGCUGGUUCCAGUCCGGAAACGCUGUCUCCUCGCCUGGCUUCACCAUCACCAACAGCACCGAGCAAAACGCCACACACUGGUACUUCAUCUCGAGCGUCGAAGCCUGGGCCGCACCCGAAGUCGGCUCGCUCCUCAUCAUCGGUGACUCCAUAACUGAUGGCCGGGGCUCCACGCCCGACCAAAACAACCGCUGGCCCAACCUUCUCCUCGCACGCAUGCAGAAGCACUCGGCCACAAAACAUAUCUCUGUCGGUAACCUAGCAGCGGGUGGAAACAGGAUUCUAGCCGACGGCCUCGGCCCCAACGCCUUUGGCCGCAUCGACCGCGACGUGUUAGCCCACCCAGGCGUAAAAUACGCCAUGAUCUUCGAAGGCGUAAACGACAUUGGCGUUGCCGCUGCCACCACCGCCGCCCAAGACGCCAUCUACGGCCCCUUGAUCCAAGCCUACGAGCAAAUGGUCACCCUGAUGCAUAGUCACGGCAUACCUGUUUUCGGAGCCACUAUCACCCCCUUUUCUGCGCCGUCGAAUUUCACCGGACAACCGUAUAGUCAGCCUGAGAGGGAGGUUACAAGGCAACGGGUCAACAAGUGGAUUCGCGAGAGUGGUGUGUUUGAUGCCGUUGUGGAUUUCGAUAAGAUGCUGGCGAACCCUAUUGUGCCGAGUCAGCUGGAUCCCAGGUGGGAAAGUGUGGAUUAUUUGCAUCCUGGUGUCGCCGGUUAUCAGCACUUGGCUGAUGAGUUCCCGUUGGAAAUUUUCGAGGAGUGGGAGGAUGGUGCUGAUGAGUUUUCUUGGGGGCAGUAA